AUGAAUUCUUUCCCAUCUUCACAGUAGACAGAAGGCUGGUGCCUCUGUCAGGCAAGCAUGAAGUUCGUUGCUCUAACUUUCUGUGUCCUCUGCUUUCAGUUUGAAACCCUGUAUGGAUCAGACAGCUGCUCGUCAAGACCGUGCAAAAAUAUAGAUCAGCCUCAUGUCUCUGACUCCCAAAUGAUGGUGGAAUUUGAAAAUGGAAACUUCAGGUUCAUAUUCCCCAACCCCAAAAAUGUGAGUGAAUUCAGCAUGACCCUCUUCAAAGGGCAUGAAAAGAAGGAGAUCUGUGCACUCCAUUUGAGUGAGGGGAAUGUUAUCCCCAAGAGUAAUGUCACCUACUGUCAGACAAUGCAUUCAAAAAGCAGCACCACUUUCAUCCUCAAAAAUCUGGAAAGAAAACACAUGGACAUGUAUACCUACUGCCUGGAGAAGUUCUUACCCCCUCCUUAUAUAGAGUGCCGGCUGAAGGAAACCUAUUUGUACAUCCAAGAUAAGGAGGAUUGCAUUUCAAUGGGACUCACACCAUGGAUAAUUACUGGCCUGAUCACGUUUGCCAUGAUUUCUUGUGUCUGUUGUGUCAUAGCCUGCUACCUUUGGAACAAGAAUCAGCAGUGUGAAUCCAAGUCCCAUGAGUACAACAGUGAAUACAUGCCCAUGGCAGCAGUGAAUGCAGCUAAAACCCCAAGAAUCUAAGGUAUAAGUUGCUUGUGGGAUGGCGAUUCUGGCAUCAGGUUUCCAGCUACUUGAACCUGGACAAAGGGAAAUCAGCAUUUCCUCACCUUUCCCAGCCUCCCUGAGAUCUCAUGAUGGUCCUUGGCUCAGCCAUGAGACACCCACUUUAGUACUGUUCUGAGCUGUGUUUGGUCGAGGCUUGUGUGCCUAGAGCAAAACUGGCUCAUUGCCUGAUCCACUGACUUGUACAUGGAGCGCUAACAAUGUGUUAAACAUGCCAGCUUUUUAGUUGAAGAACAUGUAGUGAGUUUGCUUUAAAAUAGAUUUGUGUAGUACUGCUACAGAGGGACCUUUUAUUUUCUACAGUCUCAUUUAUGAUAAAUUUUCCACCAGGGACAAAAUAAAAAACCUACCUCCAAUGCCACUCAUUGUGGCACAGCCGUGAAGCACUGUCCAUGUAUUGCAUAUGCUCUUUUGUUAGGGCUAGCUUAGUAUGUUCGUAUCAAUUCACUACGCUGGGAGAGUGUGGAAUGCACACAUACUCUCCUGCACCAAGCCAUGGGACAGCAGGGGAACAAAACCUGAGAGAGCACAGCAGAGACUUCACUGUGACAUGGUACCUCAGGUGUGCGCAGCUGUAGUUUUCAAAUUCAUGCUAUCAAUACGUCUUUGGCAUGCACACCUUGGGACUCCUUGUAUUUAAUUUAAUUAAAUUCUGAAUUCCUGUAAUAACAGAGGAAUGUAUUACAAGAGGAAUAUAUUGCAAGGCUGCAAUUGUUCUUUAAAUCAGUUCAAGCCUCCAAGAUCCGUCCCUAAACUGGGAGGCACAGCCUCUCCUCUUGACAUGUCUUGCAGCACAAAUAUAACACAGUCCACAAGGCCAGUGUAUUCAUGGACUCUGCAUUGCAAUUAUCCCCCUCUCGUGGUUUGACAUAAAGCCUUUACCAUUUCCCUGGUGGGUUCAGAGGUUGCUUGACCUGCCUCAAAUUGCUCAGAGCCUUCAGUAUGAAUGAAAGGAUCAAUCCUUCAUGCUCCUUGUGAAAUCUGUCAAAACUCUGACCAUAAAUGACCAGCUGGGAAUCCCAGCCUGCCUGUUGCCAGAUACUGUUGGGCUGCUGGAAGCAGAUCAGUGCAUUGAUUUUGAGUAUCUCUGCAAUUCAUUAUGAAAACAAGUAUCAGUCAGAGGAUGCUAUUGUGAAAGAUACAUAGCCUGCUUGUCUGGCAAACAGAAGGCUGAUUUCAAAUUUGAUAGGGCAAACAGGGAUUGACAAUGAAGAGAACGUAAGCUGGUAUGUCUGGAACAGGGUUUUCCGUUACAGACACCUAAAUUCUAAGAAAUAUUGUAGAGGCAGGGUGCAAACUGUUAACUAUGACUUUAAGCAAAGGGGAAAUGACUAAAGCAUCAAGUGAAGUGGCGACUGCAAGUUUCACAGCCAGUACCCUGCUUAGAGAACUAGCUCCUAGGCAGAGAUGUAGAGGGGCACCUUGGUAUGCUGGGUAACAUCAUUACAUUCUCUCCUGUCCUUCUGCCACAUAACCUUUGCCAAAUUACUUGAACUUCCCAGCAAACAGAACUUUCCUCUGUACAUCCACAAAUACACUGAUUUCACCAUUUAAAAACUAUUCCUGGAAGCAUUGCCUUUGAAAAUUAUUGGUGAAAAUAACUAGCUAACUUCUACUGCCCAAGAGAAAUGCCGGUUGCAAGAUACUGUGUGACAGAGGAGAGUCCUAUGGCCUGGAACCAUUCAACAGACUGAGAAGGAUUUUCAUGGAAUAAAGAGCUUCUGAAAGAGAGAAAAACUUGAGGUUUGCCUUGAGACGCUGCUGGAUAAGGGACAAAUGAUGAAAGUCUGAGCAAGGUAGUUCAAAAUACAUUCUGCUCUGGAGAGAUAAAUGAUUUAUACUCAUUGUAACAAAGCUUUUUGAAAUCUCAGGUUCUGUCACUGCUUUAUUUUUGGAAAAAGAUUUUUAUUUUUAAUAAACUGUUUUCUUCUUAUGCGACAUUUGUCCAUAAGAAAGUUCAUGCAUGCAUGCUGUGUUAAAGAAAUAAGCUCUAUAAAAUCCACAGUGCAAUGGGGAGAGAGUACUG